AUGGAUGUCGACGAAACAGGGUCCGUUGACAGCUUCGAGGCCGUUGGCUUCAAGGCCGUCAAGCAUCAGCGGAUUCCGGAUGAUGAAAUGCCGGACAUCCUCUACAGCAUCCAGUACUGCACCAGUAACGGACGGCUUAUGGAAACACGGGAGAGCGCAAAGCCCCUGGAUCCCAAGGCCUCCAACACCGACCUCGAGGAGACUUCCAAGCCCACCCCAGUUCUCGAAAUCAGAACCACCGUCUACGCCAGAUAUAACGGCAGUGACUACUACGAUGAGCCGCACUAUCCUCCGCCUGAUCGGUAUUGGUCCGGCUCCGACAGCGACUGCAGCGACAACCUACCCCGUACCCGGCGCAACCGGGAGCCUCAUACCAAAGACCGUACCGAGAUGGUUAUUCACUCAGACCACCUCAAAGCCGCCCUCUCCGCCGUCGUCUCCUACUGCCGCGAAUUCUCCCCUGAGCACGGUAUCGUCCGAGCCCCUUACCAAGUCCUCGUCGACCACUGGAAGGAGCUGGAAUUAUAUAAGCUCAAUCAGCCCAGCUGUCACGACGCCGAGUACGCAGAUACCACAACCAAACACAUCGACGUGCUCCUUUCCUUCUUGAAGAUGACCUUCUCCGAGCGCUUCGCGGCCGAACGACUCCGCCAGGAGGACCCGCGCGGUCCCAUGGCCACCUUCGAUAAUUUCUGGACAUUGCUUAAGCCGGGUGCCGUGAUCUACCGCGACCGCGACGGCACCCUGGUGCCAUACAUCAUCAGUCUCGUCCGUCUCGAGGGCCCAUAUGAUGCCCAAGGCAACGGUGAGGGCAACAAUACUUACUAUCUCGAGUUCUGGAAUAUCCAGUACAGCCGUGGCCUGUUGCGCAGGCGCAUGAAGUCGUGCACCAUCUCGGCAUGGCGAGGUGAGCGACUGAUUAACUCCCUGUCUGUCAUCCCCGAGCGCUUUGUCGCUCAUGCUACAAAAGUCGCCGCCGAGAAUGUCAAGCUUGGUAGGCUGUACUGGGAGCUGGCUAAGCAGCCUUCGUACAUGGAAUAUGAUGGGCAAGUGACCAACGGCGACACCGCGAGCGGAAGGGGGUAUCAGACGACGGGCCGGGUCAUCGUCGACUGCGAAGGCUGGGAGCGGUUCGGCGACGGAGAUCGACCGCGGCACAACCGGAAUCAUCUGAACUUGGAUAUCCUUCCGCAGGUACAGUCCAAGUGCGCUUGCUCUGCUUGCUGUAGCGACAAAUCUUCACCUCCCAACGAGGGUCGCGGACAACAACAACAACAACAACAACAACAACGAAGCGAGCCAAGCCCCUUUGUCGGCUUCGACAAACUCAACCCUAAAACCGACUCCCUUCCCGACAAUGCCUCUCUAUAUCUCCACGUCCUCUCCCCCACCAUCCCAGCCUUCGUCCUCUCCGAGCGGCGCUGGGCCUACAUCCACCUCUCUGGUCUCGGCCCCGUCCGUCCUGAUCUCGAUGCAUUCAAGUACCUCGUCUUGGACCCGGCCAUCAAGUUGACCGUCAAGUCUUUGAUCGGCAAAUUCGCCGCCGCUCCUUCUUCGUCAACAACGGAAACCCCCCUUCCGGCGGGUAGAGAAGAUAUCCUCACCCCACAGACAGUAUCCUCCUCCUCAGCCCUAGCCCCCUGGCCCACCGAUUUCGUCCGCAACAAAGGUCUCGGCCGCAUCUUCCUUUUGCACGGCUCCCCCGGUGUAGGCAAGACUUGCACAGCGGAAUGCAUCUCCGAACUGGCUCGGCGCCCCCUCUUGGCCCUCACCAGUGGCGACUUGUCCACGUCCAUGUCCUCCUCCUCCGUUGAGCGCCGCCUCUCUUACUUUCUUGAACUAGGCGAGCGGUUCGGCGCUUUGGUCCUCUUGGACGAGGCAGACGUGUACUUGGAACGUCGCCGGACCAGGGACUUGAAGCGGAACGGGCUGGUGUCCGUCUUUCUGCGAGCGCUCGAGUAUUUCCGCGGGGUCCUCUUCCUGACGACGAACAGAGUCGCAGCCUUUGAUGAUGCGUUCACCUCCAGAAUCCACGUGGCGUUGUAUUAUCCUGAGCUGGGGGAGGAAGAGAGGAGGAAGAUUUGGGGGUAUCAGUUUGAGAGAUUGGAACGUGAAUCUUUCUCUUCCUCCUCCUCCUCCUCCUCCUCCUCCCCUGCUUCUGCUUCCGCUUCGGAUGGGUCAGAUGGGUCAAACGGUAAUAACCAAGUUGGAGGAGGAAAGAGAUCUUUUUACAUUCCCCAAUCAACCAAGGAAUAUGCCUUCCACCACCCUUCCGUCCUCGCGCUCAAAUGGAACGGGCGCGAAAUUCGCAACGCGCUACAAACAGCCGUGGCGCUGGCGGAGACCGAGGCGGCUGAGUCGCAUCCGGGAGGGUUGUCAUCAACGACAACGAUCACGCUGAUGGACAAACAUUUGAAGGCCGUGGUGGGUAUGAGUAGUGGAUUUAAGACGUUUAUGAAGGGGGUAAAGAGGAACAGGAGGAAGGGGAAGAAGGCGGCGUUGCUGAGAGCGGGCGUCGAUGUGGAUGAGGAUGAUGAUGAUGAUGAUGACGACAAUGGUACGGAGUAUGCGGAUGAAGAAGAUGGAGAACAAGGAGAGGAGGAGAGUGAUGAAGAUGAUGAACAUCCUGGUAAGACGCCAACGCUUAUAUUGCAUGCACCAUGUUGAUGGUUGGCUUGAGGUUGAGUAGAUGGAAUUCAUUGUGUUUUGCUGACUUUUUAUUUGUUCCUUUCUCUAUAGGAAGCGGAUAUUCAUCCCAGGGCUCUGAAUCCGGAUUUUCUAGAAAGAAUGAAGGCUGGUGAUAAUAUCGAAGAGGCAGACAGGAAGUGGUGAGGGAACGAGUUUGACAGCUAAGAGUGGUUGGAAGUAGAUCUUUUUUUCAGGCUCAGAUAGUCUACUUCUUCGGGUAAGAUAUUCAAGGGAUACUACCUCGAGUAAUGAGUUUGUCCAAUUGUUAGACUCGUUGGUAUUA